CGUUCGUGAUAAGAGAGAGAGACGAAACACUGUUUUAGACGUGCUGUCAAUUUUUAUCUCUAUCUGUCACUACAUUGUUAUUGAUAUUGGUGUUUAACAACAAUUCGAUGAGAUACUUUCUACGAAAUGGCAGUUUGCAUUGCAGUAAUUGGCAAAGAAAAUUCUCCAAAAUACAUAAAAUGUGCCUCUGAGGACAUGGCCCUGAAGUUUCACUACAAAGUUCACACGUCGAUAGAUAUAAUCGAAGAAAAAUUGAAUAUUGGCAACAAAGCAGCUACUGACAGCCGAGAAUUAUUCUUGGGGCUUCUGUACUCUACCGAGGAACACAAAAUAUUUGGCUAUGCCACGAAUACAAAAGUGAAAUUUGUGGUGAUCUUGCAGUCCUCAAAUGCAUCUUUCCGAGAUAAUGAUGUGAGAAUGAUUUUCAGAAAGCUUCAUGUGGCAUAUUCCAAUGCAGUUUGCAAUCCCUUUGACAUUCCAGGAGGUCAAAUCAAAUCAAGAGCAUUUGACUCAUCAGUGAAUGAAAUAAUGGGACUGGCAUAAUCUCUUAUGUUACCAAUACUCUUUUUUGUAAAUAAAUCACACUAAGCUAAUGAGAACAAAAUAAAAAACAUUACGAAAAUGAC